GUAAACAACACUUUUCAAAUAUAUGUGUUGCCAUGAGACAUCUAACCGUUAGAACAUAUCGGCGUUCUAUUGAACGUUUUCUGUUCGAAAACAAGGAACCUGAAUUUGCUGUUCAACAACAACAACCUUGACUGAUUUUUGAGACCUGAGAUUGAAACAUCGACUGGAAAAUGCCCGGGUGCUUUUCAACAUUGACGGAGAGAGUGCGAGGACGUCGCGGCCUACUGCGUCGACAGGUUGUUCAAAUUCAUUUGUGGCUUGUUUUUCUUGUCUUUUUCCGUUUUGCAGGGUUCGCGAUCGUCUGGAGGUGGACAGCGACAGCGACUUCGAAGAGGCAGCAGACUGAUGUCUCGGUGGUGUACGCCACUCUCCACAUGGGGCUGGAUGGGCUGCUCUCCUCGGCGUGGUCGGAGGCUGCCUCAGUCUCUACGCCCACCAAUCAGCAGUUCACUGAGCCAGAGCCUGAGGGCCACAACUGCUAUGAGGGCUGGGAGGAGGACCUGCUGCCUGAGGAGAGGGAGGUUCCUCUGCUAAACCUCUACCUUACCACCAAGAGAGUGGAGGACAUCGCCCUGAGGCUCGUCUCCCUGCGCCAGGCCUUCACUACACUACUUGGUUCCACCCUGAGCAGGAACCAUCUGUUUGUGGCGGGAAAGGUCCUAAUGGGCGCACUGGUUCAGGCCCACCACAUGGACGAGGCCGAAUUCAUCCGUGCCUAUAACGACUUUGUGGACUACCUGAGUGACCCCUCCAAGCAGAUUGACAUUGAGAGGGAGCUGGCUGAGGCAAAGAUCCAUCAUGUUAACCUGAUAGAUGUCCUCUUUGAACUGGUGAUGUUUGGGAUGAUGACAGCUCAGAAGUCCAUGAUGGUGCACCCUGGUGGGUUCAUGGAGCGUCUGUACGCUCUCCUGUACUCCUUCCUGCCCGCUGCUGCCAGCAUUGAGCCAAAGGCUGAGAGAUACCUGCUGCUGCUCAAUGUAAGAGUCGAGUUUACUUCCUUAUUCCUAGUUUACUUUUUCCUGAUUAACAGGGUUUCAAUGACGUUUUACAGGGAGUAACUCUCAUUGUCUCCUUCCUCUUGGUAAGCUAGUAACUCAGAGCCAUUAUCUAUGUGUUGUGUGGUGUUCUCUUCAGAGCGGGCUGAUGGCUCUGCUAGAUGACAUGUUUGGGCAGCAGCUGGCCUGGUACUUUAACCCAGAGUCUCUGGUCACUGAGCUCUCCAGCCUCCUGGAGUACCACCUGGAGAACCUCAUGGCCAGCAUGUAGUCCUGCUGCAGAGAUCUGAAAGGCCACACUUCUCUCUGUCCGUCCAUCUCUCUCUCUCUGUCCGUUCAUCUCUCUCUCUAUGUCCGUCCAUCUCUCUGUCUCUCU